GCUGCUGUUCCUGAUGUGGCUGCAGCUGCUGCUGCGCGCGCGCACUGCCGUUCCACCGAUUUGACUGGAAGAAACGAGCGCGAGCCGCGGAAACGGGGAAAAAGGAGGAGGAGGAGAAGAAGAAGGAGGCAGGCACGAGAGAGAGAGAGAGAGAGAGCUUCUCGCGGACGUGGCGGCUCCGGGGCUGAGCGACGAGCCCGCGCGCGAGAGAGAGAGAGGGAGAAGGGGGAAAAAGCAAUGCACCGGGGAAACUGCAGGGUCCAGAAUCAGGGAAGAGAUCAGCAGUGCUGGCACUAAGUAGACUGCUAAGGGACGAAUCUGGCUGAGGAUGGCCGAGCUGGAGACGGAGUGUAUCGCAUUAGGCCUGAACGCUCUGGCCUCGGAGUGUCUGUCUCCUGCUCUGGAGCCCCUGCGUGCCGAGUGUGUGACGCCGACACUGGCCAUGCUGAACACACUUAGCUCGGAGGUUGCAGAGCCAACCGCCAUGCUGCCAUGUGUAAAGAGCGACCCAGACUUGGAGCUGGUACCGAUCCGCACCGUGGACGUGACCCAAAUCCAGCCGCUGAGCACUGCGGAGCUGGGAUCGGAACACGUCCGGAUGGAGAUCAGUGGCCUGGAGUACAUCAAGUCGGACCUGCACUCGUUCCACGGCGCCGAGUUGGACUCUUAUAAGCCGAGUUAUGAUGCCUUUGACUACGUGUCGCAUGACAACCUGGACUACAUCAAGUCGGAUCAGAGUUCCGACCUGCAGUGUUACUAUGCAAUGGAACUUGAGGCCAGCCGGUACGAAUACGACUCGACGCUCGCAUCCGAGAAGUCUGAGACAUCGGAUACAGCGGAGUCAAACAUUCUCGAGUCAAUCCGAAUGGCGGAGCUCCGCACUGAGCUCAAUAAGCUCCGCCCUGAUGCUGUUAUCGAAUUUUCGUCCGCUCACAUGUACGACAUGCAGUCUGCAAAUGCAAACACAAAUGCCACAAACCCAGACACUGCGAAAGCAAAAACUCAACCACGCAAACCUCGCAACCUGACGGGCGAAAAGCCAUUCUCCUGCACGCAAUGCGGAAAGAACUUCAGCACUCUGGGAAACCUGAAGACGCACCAGCGCAUCCACACAGGUGAGCGGCCGUACUCCUGCUCGCAGUGUGGCAAAAGCUUCGGCCAAGCGGGCAACCUGAAGCGGCACCAACUGAUACACACGGGCCAGAAGCCCUACAACUGUAACUUCUGCCCCAAAGGCUUCACCAAGGCAGAUGACCUGCGCUCGCACCAGCGCAUCCACACGGGCGAGAAGCCGUUCACCUGCGACGAGUGCGGAAAGGCCUUUUUUCACUCCAAGGAACUCAAGACACACCGCCUGGUACACACUGGCGAGCGUCCGUUCUCCUGCCAGCACUGUGGCAAGGCGUUCACGAAGGAGGUGAGCUUCCGCAACCAUCAGCAGAGCCACACAGGUGAGAAGCCAUACCAGUGUGUGUAUUGUGGAAAGAGCUUUGGGAACUCGGGCGUGCUCAAGACUCAUGAAAAGAUCCACACUGGGGAGAAGCCGUUUCAGUGCACGCAGUGCGGCAAGAGCUUCGGCCGCCUCGGACACUUAAAGGCGCACCAGCAGAUCCACACGGGUGAGAAGCCGUACUCGUGCUCGCAGUGCAGCAAGUGCUUCAGCCAGUCGGGCCACCUCAAAGCACAUGAACAGAUCCACAAACGAGAGAAAGCGCAAUAACGAAGAACGAGUGCAGCUAAAACGUAAUGGAGCACAGGAGAUAAAACAAAAUGUUAAUGUCUGUAAUAAUGAUACUAUAUAUAUAGAUAUCACAUAUAAAAUUAUUUAAUUUACUUAUUUAUGAGUGAUGGUUUGAUCCAUCAUAUUAUUAUCUGUCAGUCAGCCUCAGAGGGUGGGAUUAGUGACAGAGUCAGGUAUGAGUACGUACUGAAUAUGUUUACUUUAUUCAGUAGUGGUCAGACCAGUAGCCCCAGUAUGAGGAAGGAGAUCAGACUAUCAGUGUUUUAUUUGUAGUUGCCCAGUGGACCAGACUGGUGGAAGUCACCGAGGUGUUUUAUCCCCCGUCCAGCCAGAAGAGGAAAGAAAACCCUGUUAAGCAUUUUUAUUUGUUUUGUUUGCGGGCGGCUGUGGAUCAGGUGGUAGAGCGGGUUGUCCACUAAUCGCAGGGUUGGCGGUUCGAUUCCCGGCCCACAUGACUCCACAUGACUCCACAUGCCGAAGUGUCCUUGGGCAAGACACUGAACCCCAAGUUGCUCCUGAUGGCAGGCUAGCACCUUGCAUGACAGCUCUGCUACCAUUGGUGUGUGUGAGUGUGUGUGUGAAUGGGAGAAUGAGACACAGUGUAAAGUGCUUUGGAUAAAAGCGCUAUAUAAGUGCAGCCCAUUUACGUAAUACUCCAGUUGGUUCAUGCGGUUCUUGGUGCUGUGAACCACCUCAAUGCCGUAACUGUAGCUUGCUACUCAUUCCCAAAUCCUGGUGCUUGUGGACAUGGUCUGGUCCUCCAAAGGUCCUGCUUCCAGUUACCUAGAUUCCUUCUGUUUAAACACAAAGUGUUAAGCAGAACUGAAAACAUGGCCAGACUUGUAGAACAGAACUUGUUCUAUGUGUUGUAUAUGCUGUAGAGAACAGCAUUGCUCAUAGCUAAAAUGUUAUCUACAGAUUGACUGUCAUUUUACCAAAGACACAAACACACUAUACUACAGCAGAGGCGUAAAUUCCCCAAGCAUUCCAGGACUUGCUCAUUACCUCUGUGGGGUAAUGGUACAUCCCUAUGCACAUCCCUCAUCAGUAUUAAUGCCUAGUUAAUUAGGUUCCUGUGGAACCAUGGGCACAUUGGAGCUCUCACUCUGUUAGUGGGCUAAUGAAUAGAUUCAUGGUUUGUCCACUUAAUCAAGUCCAUUUUACAUCUGUUAAAAUCUAGCAUGGCAUUUAUACAGGAACUGAUCUCUGAUUGGUUCCUUUCAUAUUGUGGAUGGAUGGAGUUCUGUGCUGAUGCGAAGUUUUGUUGAGGGCACAAACGUGACGGUAGUUAAUUAGAUAACAGUAGAUAAUUUCCUCUGUCGACUUCUCAGGCCGUUGAAAUGACCACAAUGCACAUUUCCAGGACCAAAAUAUUCAGUCCCAGCACAUGGUGUUCACCAUCAAGGUUUCAGAACCAAAGGGAAUCCGUCACUAGGGAACCUUGUAGUUCUAUAACAAACCUUCUUGAUAGUAGGUCAAGUGGAACUCGGAACCAGACUUUCUUUGCACUGAGCCUAAUGCAGUAACAUUAGCUGAUGAUAGUAUCGCUAUAUUAGCAAAUCUUAUCCCGCCAACAUUACUGUGAAUGAACCGAUGUUAAUAUGAACAGGGGCUCUGAGGUGCAGGAGAACAUCAGGUUCAGAGAUACACUCACGUCACUACUCUUCAAUACGCCAGUUAUAAUCACUGAUCCCACCCCAUGAGAAUGAUUGACAGAUGAGAAAUAAAGACAUUCAUAUACAAAAAGUAACCUCACUUAUGAAAGACUUACAGAGGAACAUUAAUAUAUUGAUUUUGUCUUCUAUGCUCCAUUGUACACACCUCUCAAAGUAUUACCUUUUUUUUUUUUUUUUUCUAAGUCUACAUAUAAAUAUAUAUAUAUAUAUAUAUAUAUAUAUAAUUAUAUACAUUUUCAUACCUGUUUGUGACUGAUUUGCUAUUAUGCAAGUGUCUUUCUUUAUUAUGUCGGGGAGGGGGGUCUGGUAGAAAUGUUUCGUAUCCGUUUUAUCUGUUUAUAUCUGUUUUAGUGACGAGUUCUUUUCGUACUCACCGUGUACACGUUUAUCAAGAAACCAUGUAAUUCUUUAAAUCAUGUACUGGAACGAGUUAUUAAAGAAACUAAUGAAAAAUGGCAGUUUUCUUUUUUAGCCUUUUUUUUUUGGCAAUUACAUUAGAUUAGAAAAUCACAUAAGAGUGAGCAUGGCUGUGGGGAUUUGUGCUCGUUCAGCCACAAGAGCAUUCAUUCAAUUCAGGUUUAUUUAUUUAGCGCUUUUAACAAUGGACACUAUCAAAAAGUAGCUUUACAGAAAUCUGGAUAAAACAUUCUUAUUUAAAUUGAUCACUAAUGAGCAGCCAGAGGCGAUAAAUGCUCAGGUGUAUAAAUGAGAUAAAUGUAAGUGGCUCUGGAUAAGGGCGUCUACCAAAUGCGUUGUAAGGACUCUAGCAGCUACAUUCUGGACUAACUGGAGUUUGUUUAUGCUCCUACUGGAACAUCCAGACAGUAAGGCAUUACAGUAAUCUAGUCUAGAGGUGACGAAUACAUGAACUAAUAUUUCUACAUCAUGUAGUGACAAUAUAUUUCUUAUCUUAGAAAUAUUUCUGAGAUGAAAGAAGGCUAUCCUAGUAAUAUUAUCUACAUGAGCAUCAAAUGAUAGACUGGAGUCAAUAAUCACUCCAAGGUCUUUUACUGCUGUACAUGAUGAAACAGAAAGAACAUCCAGAGUUACUGUGAGAUCAGAAAGAUUACUUCUAGCUACACGUGGUCCUAGUACAAGUUCUUCUGUCUUAUCAGAAUUAAGGAAAAGGAAGUUAAUUAGCAUCCGACGUCUAAUGUCCUUUACACAUUCCUCAACUUUAUUAAGCUGCUGUCUGUCCUCUGCAAAUGAGAGCAGGACUUCCCGAGUGAGAUGAAUACCGUCCUGUCCUAACAGGCCAGCCUUGCCCUCAAAGCUAUUGCAAUUAUCUAUCAAGUCCACAUUGUUUUCGGAGCAGCACCUGGACAUCCAACAGUUCAGUGACCAUAACCUGCUGUAAGCUACAUCACCAGCUGCACUGGCAGAUGUUUUUGCCAGAUGUUUUUGUACCAGUGUGAUACCGUA